AUCCUCAUUCGUUGCUAUUUUUUAGUGCAAUACUUUGUAAACAUUAACUAUAUUUAUUAUCAUGUUAACAAUAAGGCGCUGCAUCAACAGUGCCCGUACGUUGCUCAUUAUAUGUAGCCUCGCAACCCUUUUGUUUGUUGGUUGUGCAAAGUCACAGUAUGCUGCGGCAGAUUCAACCCUUAAUGCCAUCAGCUCUACGGGUGCCUCAGAUAUCAUCCAUAAAUCCAGCCAACCAAGCGUUUACAGCCUCGUUAUUAUUUCUACAAUUAUCAUUUUUGGCAUCCUCAAUUCCAAAAGCCUUAGUGUCGCGCUUACAUUUGCGUACAACUGCUUUUUCAAGCCACUGGGUCAGCACAACAGCCAGCAGGACCGGCUCAAUGCCUUUUACACGGGACAAGCUUCGGUGUAUGACGCCACGCGGGGUGGGCUGUUGCGCGGCAGAAAGACCAUGCUGAAACUUUGCGCGGCUGAGCUCAAGCGACAGGAUGCCAAACUGCCAAUUUGGGUUGAUAUUGGCGGCGGCACCGGGUGGAAUAUUGAGCAGAUGGACGAAUACUUUGGCGUGGCCAGAUUUGAGCGCAUAUAUUUGGUGGAUCUGUGCCAGCCACUGUGCGAGGUUGCCGAGCGGAGAUUCAAGGCCAAGGGUUGGGACAAUGUUACGGUGGUUUGUCAGGACGCCACUAGUUUUGUUCUUCCCGGACUCGAGCGCUCUGGCGCAAUGGGUCAGGUUGACUUGGUGACCAUGUCGUAUUCAUUGUCCAUGAUGGAUGCCUACCACUCGGUGGUCGACCGCAUUGAGAAAUUACUCAGGCCGCAAGCCGGAUUUGUCGGAGUCGCCGAUUUCUACGUGUCUGGCGCUAUUCCUGGGCAACGGACCAGUGCGGCUGGUGUGCUGGGAUAUCAGUGCAACUGGUUUACGCGCGUGUUCUGGCAGCAUUGGUUUGAGUUCGACCAUGUGCACUUGCAUCCAUGCCGGCGCAACUACUUGGAACACAAGCUGCACACCCACAAGGUGUUCAAUGGCCGCAACCACUUUGUCGUUCCUUAUCUUGUUCAGAUACCUUACUAUGUAUGGCUCGGCCGGUCGCGCGAUUUGUCGAACAGACUGCCAAAAAGUACUGAUCAGUCUGUGCAGUCAAUGUUUGAUGAAAUUACGCCCGAGAGCUCGACAAUCGCAUUGCCGGAUGUGGAGGAUGCAAGUGGUCCAGAAGAACAGCGCGGCUGGAGGCGACUACCCUACCAGCCAACCAAGCCCGAGCACGCGCAGUUUAGCACUUACAUCUACGGCUUCACCUGGGAGGACCCAAGACGCGAUCUCGAGGUGCUGGAUCUGAGCAGCAACGACCGCGUCCUGGCCAUCACAUCCGCAGGAGACAAUGCCCUGGCCUAUGCCGCACACCAGAGCGGGGCUCAAAUUCACUGCGUCGACAUGAACCCCUGCCAGAACCACCUGCUUGAACUUAAACUCGCAGCUCUGCGCAACCUUGGCUAUGAGCAGUUUUGGCGCAUGUUUGGCUUGGGACGCGAGCCUGAUUUCAGAAAUAUUUUGGACUCUGUUUUGUCCGCCGAUAUGUCGUCGGCCGCAUACCAGUAUUGGCGAAAUAACGUCAGCGCGUUUGCACCCACGCAGCCGGCCCUUGCCAGGGCAGUGUUGGGCGACAUGGCACAUUGCAAUCUGUACACCACCGGGUACUCUGGCAUGGCGCUGCACAGCUUGCGGGCGGCUUUGAAAUUGCUGGGCGUGCAUCGUGUCACGCAAAAGUUAAUUGCGAGCAGGUCAAUUGAUGAGCAGGCCAAGCUAUGGAAGCAAAAAAUCCGUCACCGGAUAUUUAGCAAUUUAGUCGUUCGGCUGUUGGACAACCCCGUUGCAAUGUGGCAGUUUAUGGGUGUGCCCAUCAACCAGUGGAACAUGCUGCGCAGUGAAGGUUCCAUGUCGCAGUAUGUGCGCGACACUCUGGACCCUGUAGCCGCAGCCACGUCAUUUACCACAGACAACUAUUUUUACCGUCUUUUGUUUGCCCGCCAGUACUCACCAACUUGCUGCCCGGACUACCUGACCAAAUCCGGGUUUGAGCGUUUGCAAAGCACAGCUAAAAGUGGAUGCCUGACAUUUCAACUGCACACGGCGACUAUAAUCGAUGUACUAGCAGGCAUGCGCGAUGGCGAGUUGACAAAAGCCGUGAUCAUGGACCAUAUGGACUGGUUUUCAGCAGAGGACGCUGACGCAGAGGUUGGGGCGCUGGCUCGUGUCAUUGCCAAGGGCGGGUUUGUCUUAUGGCGCAGCGCAGCGAGAGUUCCAUGGUAUAUUAAAACGUUUGAGGCCAAUGGAUUUGCUGUUGAGGCGCUGUCAAUAAGGCAGCCAAACAUCAUAGUGCCAAUUGAUCGCGUGAAUAUGUAUGCCAGUUUUUACAAGGCCACUCGGGUAUAG